UGCCGCGAAGAGGAUGCGGACCCUCACGGCCAUGCCGACGACGCCGACGUGUGUGGCGGACGGUGGCGGGGAGUGGUGCGGAGCGCUGAGAAGGACGCUCGCGGCCAAGGUCAGUGUCAAGACGCCCAAGACGCUCCCCCUCCCCCUCAAAUCGCCUCGCUCCGCGCAAGAAAGUCGGGGCAGUAUCGGACACGCGCCACGCGCCUCCCACCUGCCACGCGCGGUGCUCAAGAAGGGCAAGAAGCUUCCCCCUUCCAGCCGGCCAUUCCCACGGUACAGUGCGGUAACACGUUAUCGGCAAGUGGCCGGCAAGUCGCCAUGUCCGCCGACUGCUGCGGCGUGCACUACUCGGCCUGCAGUCUGCCCUAUACUUAUCCACUUACCCACCUACGCAAUCCCGGGUCGCGCCCUGUCCUGCCGCGCAGUGUGCCGCCGGCCACCCAGUCCUUUAUUGCCACUUCGUUCCUUUGACACGCCAGCGACGCCCGCACAGUCUCUCUCACGUCCAGUCCGAUCUGCGGGAGCAAACUCAGUCGGAGGCCGCGCGUGCUUCGUGUCGGUCAGGACGGUCAGGGCCUCGAUCGAGGAGGCCAGCAUGGGCUGCAGGCCCAGCAAACGGGGAGCGCGGGCUGUCAGGUCCAUCUCGCUGCCAGUGGAGGACGCGGCGAGGCGGCAUGCGUACGAGGCGGCGGAGCAGGCCGCGGGCCGCGCCGUGGACCCCGAGGUGGCGCGCAGGCUGUCCGCGGGGGAGGACCUCUACCCCAACUGCCACGUGCACAUAUGGCUGCGGUCCUGCAAAGAAGAGGUGUGCAAGCCACUCAGAGGGAGGGUUACAGGAGAGAUUCCGCGCUGGGUGCGAGGCACGCUGCUGCGGAACGGCCCAGGGAGCCUGGAGUGCGGGAAGGACAGGUUCCAGCACCUGUUCGACGGCGCGGCGCUGCUGCAAAGGUUCUGCAUCGCCGACGGCGACGUGACCUACCAGUGCCGCUUCCUGCGCUCGCAGACCUGGCGCCGCAACGCCGCGGCCAAGCGCAUCGUGGUGACUGAGUUCGGGACGCGGGCCGCCCCGGACCCUUGCCAGACCAUCUUCAAAAGGGUGGCCGCCAUGUUCCGGCCCGGGGAGGUGAUGUCGGACAACGCCAUGAUCUCGGUCUACCCCGUGGGCGACGAGUUCUACGCCUUCACGGAGAGCCCCGUCAUGACCAGAGUGGACCCCGUCAGCCUGCAGACGCUAGACCGGGUCAACGUGGCCAGCUCGCUGGGCAUCGUGAACCACACCUCCCACCCGCUGGUGCAGGACGACGGCUCCGUGGUCAACCUGGGCAUGUCCCUGUCGGCCACGGGCCCCCAGUACACGCUCAUCCACUUCCCUGCGCCCCAGCCCGGCGGCGAGGCGCUGGCCGCGGUGGAGGCCGGCAGGCUGGAGGGCGGCGUCCCGGCGCGGUGGCCGCUGCACCCCGGCUACAUGCACUCGUUCGGCGCCACGGCCUCGCACUUCGUGCUCGUGGAGCAGCCCCUGUCCGUGUCCGUGCCCGCCAUGGUGCGGGGGCAGCUGAGCGGCGAGCCGCUGGCCGCCAGCCUCCGGUGGUUCGCCGAGCACCCGACCCUGAUCCACCUGGUGAGCCGCAGCACGGGGCGGCGCACGCACGUGUUCGAGGCCGAGGCCUUCUUCUUCCUGCACGUCAUCAACUGCUUCGAGCGGCCGUCCCUGGCCGCGGAGGACAGCCCCGUUGCCGAGCCGGGGGAGGUCGUCGUGGACAUCUGCUGCUACAAGGACCCAGCCAUGAUCAGCUGCAUGUACAUCGACGCGCUGGAGGACGCGCAGCGGAACCCCGACUACGCGCGCCUGUUCCGCGGCCGGCCGCUGCGCUUCGUGCUGCCGCUCGACGAGUCCGGGGUUCGCGUCCACCCGAGGGCGUUGUGCGACCUGGGCUGCGAGACGCCGCGCCUCAACCCGCGGCACGUGUCCAGGCCCUACCGCUACUUCUACGCCAUCUCGGCCGACGUGGACGCGGACAACCCCGGCACGCUCAUCAAGGUGGACACGUGGACGGGGGGCUGCUCCACGUGGGGCGAGCCGGGCGUCUACCCCAGCGAGCCCAUUUUCGUCGCUCGUCCCGACGCGCAGGACGAGGACGACGGGGUGCUGCUGUGCGCGCUGGUGUGGGGCGACGAGGACCAGCGGGCCGGCAUGCUGGCGGUGGACGCCACCACCAUGCUGGAGCUGGGUCGCGCCGAGUUCACCACGCCCUCGCAGGUGCCCAAGUGCCUCCACGGCUGGUUCGCCCCUUCCGUCGUGUGAUCCCCUUUCUCCCUCUCUCCUUCGCUCUCUCUUUCUCUCUCCUCUCUCGCGCCCUGGACAUGCAGCAGUGCGGCGCAGAGGCGUGUUGCCGAAAAUAGCCCUGUUUGUUUGAUACUCCUGGGGCGCUCAUGAGGGAGCCUGCAGUCAGGCCCAAAAUGAAUGAAAAUUUACCGCUCCCGAGAGAAACUUCGGCGGUCAUUAAAUCCGUCUGUUUUUGAACGGCUACUAUCUGAUUGUGCGGUGUGAAGAGUUUAGUAGGAAAAUAAAUAAGAUUUUUUUUUCUAA